AUGGAAAGCCCUGCAUACGGCCAACCAAGACGGUUGCAAUCAGCCAGGAUCGCCCCCAUCGUCGAUCAAAAACUCCGGGGUAGUUCACCGCGGGGUUCAUAUCAAGCAAUCCUUGUCUUCGAGAUGUCAGAACAGCGGUCGACAUUGAGUCUGCUCGAAGAACUCGAAGGACGUCGUCGAAGCAACUCGGAGAAGCGCGAGAAUCGUCCUUCGAACGGACAAUCCGCACCCUCCCAAGAACGUCGCACUAAGCCCGAGCCAGCUGAAGAUAAUCCGUUCAUAGCAUUCCGACGCUAUGCCGACGAGCAUAUAUCGUCCAUGCUACAGUCGAUUAUUGGACUUCCCUCAGUAAUAUUCCCGCCGUCCACCAAAGAUUGGUUGGUGUUUAAUGACGAGGAGCUGAGUCAACUCAUGAAGAAUUGGCGCCGUGUCGCAGACGAGGAAUUGAACAGAGCAAACAACCGAGAUCCCCAAGCGUCUCGUCGGCACGCUGAUUAUGGAAAAUGGGACGAUUGGCGAAAUCAAGGCCAUCGAUAUCCAGGCCAUGCUUUCCCGUCUAGUAUUUUCGACGCAAUCUUCGACAGCAAUCUUCCUUUCGGGUCGUCCUCUUUCUUUCACGAACUCUCACCAUUUCGAAACCCUUUCUUCUUUGAUUUGAUGUCGCCAGGCAUCUCUGCUGGCUGGCCGAUGUCUUAUAUCUUACUCUCGCCGUAUUCGCCCUUGCACUUGGAACACCACCAGCAACUGGAUAAAGGUAGCGACCAUGGUUUAAUGUCCUGGGCUUCACCCUUUGAUCCGGCCCAUGGCGGCCAACAGAGCAAAGAACCUCGAUGGAGGGAAGCUUUCGAAGACCUGUUACGCAUCGAAAACGGUAAGGAUAUGCUCGAUCGAAACGUUGCUUUGCAGAAUAAACAGGUGUCAGGGAAAGACUGGCUGGUUGGAAUGAUUGAGAGAGGAAGCCUUGGUGCCGGUUGGAAAUAUGUUCAUAGAGAUGGUGGUCGAGGGGAUUACUUCAAAUACACAUUCGAAGACCUUGCUUCGAAGGAGGAUCCUAAACAAGCUCCACUUCAGCGGAGUGAAGGACGGGACACUGAAGAAGAAGGGUUCACUGAAAUGGAUCUCUACGACGCAUUUCUCCGCGACGUUCAUGACGAAGACCGCCCCCUAAAGAGCCCCCUUUUGAACCUUAUCCUAGAAAGCCGAGAGAAACAGAGAAUGGAGCAUGAAGAGUCACGACGGCGGAGAGAAUUUGAUAAUGAUAAUAAGAAUAGCGAUAUACAAGAUUUUUAUGACACCGAAACCGAGCUGGACCACUAUGAGCGCCAACUGAGUGGCAUUUCACAGGGACCAUCCGCUCUUUCAGAGUCCGAGCUAGACCUCCCGACUAUCAUAUCAACCGUCACAACGACAGAACGCCGAACGCUCCCAGAUGGCAGUGUACGGACCAAGAAGGUAGUAAAUAAACGGUUUGCUGACGGCCGGGAAGAAAGCGUCGAGACUGAAGAAAUCUCGAGCUCAAAUCAGCCACACCAAGUCAAUCCAACUGAAGAUAAUGAUGCAGGAAGCCUUGCAAAGACAGAGCCCAGGGCCUCAACAAAUAAAGAUAAGCGAGGUGGCUGGUUUUGGAGAGACUGA